AAAUCAAAAACAGUAUUGUUUCCAAGUAUGAAACAGCAAACCAUGUAUAAUAGAAGGUUACAUUUUUGUAACUAGUUUCUUAAAGUCUUUCAUUUUUUAUUUUCAUGACAAGUUAUAGAGUAAAAAAAAGUUUGGUGUUAUUGCAAAGAAUGAGUAGACCUGUUUAAAAUUUUAAAACACUUGUAAUUUUUCGAUUUUCCUCCUUUUUGAGUUUUGAAUGAAUCAUGUAAAUCGAGCUAAAUCUGUAAAUUUCUUGUAAUUUUUGCAAAAAAUUGAGAAGGGUUCUAGAAUUAUUCUGGUAUUUUAAAGGGUUUUUAUCUCAUUGUAUUCUAGUAGUGUACUGCCCUGUAACACAUGUAAGUCUCUUUGGAUAAAGUCUGCCUAAUAAUAAUAAUAAUAAUAAUAAUAAUAAUAAUAAUAAUAAUAAUAAUAAUAAUAACCAGGCUACGGUAAUGAUCAAUGUCCCACAACAUGGCGUCUUCCAGACUGCUCUCACAAACGCAGUAAUGAUGCGGCCAGUAUGUACAUUAUUUACUAUUAAAAUGUGCAUUGUUUCAAAGAGAUCCCUGUGCUCAGCGUUCCUGCCUAACUCUUUUUCUCUUUUCCUCUUCAUGCUGCCACCCUGCUGUCCUGCUGUCCUCCUUUAACAACAGGACUGCCUUAUCCUGGUGAAAGCAAAGUUAGAAAGAUGGAGUCUGUUUACAUUAAACAGGAGGAGGUUCUGGAAUUGGUACCUGUCUGCAUUAAACAGGAGAUGCCUGAACUGGAGCCUGUCCACAUGAAAGAAGAGACUGAACUAGAGCCUGUCCACAUUAAAGAAGAGACUGAACUGGAGCCUGUCCACAUUAAAGAAGAGACUGAACUGGAGCCUGUCCACAUUAAAGAAGAGACUGAACUGGAGCCUGUCCACAUUAAAGAAGAGACUGAACUGGAGCCUGUCCACAUUAAAGAAGAGACUGAACUGGAGCCUGUCCACAUUAAAGAGGAAGAGACUGAACUGGAGCCUGUCCACAUUAAAGAGGAAGAGACUGAACUGGAGCCUGUCCACAUUAAAGAGGAAGAGACUGAACUGGAGCCUGUCCACUUUAAAGAAGAGACUGAAUUGCAGCCUGUCCACAUUGAACAGUCUGUUGAUUUGUUGUGUAAGGAUUCAGAAAACAUAUCCCGGCCAAAGAUAUCACAUCAUUGUUCUGAAUGUUGGAAGAGCUUCAGUCGAUUAGGAAACCUAAAAACACACCAGCGAAUUCACACUGGAGAGGCGCUGCAUCACUGUCCUAAAUAUGGGGAGAGUUUCAGUCAGUUAGGAAACCUAAAAACACAGCAGCGAAUUCACUCUGGAGAGAAGCCGUAUCACUGUUCUGAAUGUGGGAAGAGCUUCAUUAAGUUAGGAAACCUAAAAAGACACCAGCGAACUCACACUGGAGAGAAGCCAUAUCACUGUUCUGACUGCGGGGAGAGUUUCAGUCAAUUAGGUCACCUAAAAACACACCAGCGAAUUCACACUGGAGAGAAGCCGUAUCACUGUACUGAAUGUUGGAAGAGCUUCAGUCAUUCAGGUCACCUAAAAACACACCAGCGAACUCACACUGGAGAGAAGCCGUAUCACUGUGUUGAAUGUGGGGACAGCUUCAGUCGGUUAGAAAACCUAAAAAGACACCAACGAAUUCAUACUGGAGAGAAGCCAUAUCACUGUACUGAAUGUGGAAAGAACUUUAGUUGCUUAAAAAGCCUACAACUACACCAACGAAUUCACACUGGAGAGAAGCCAUAUUACUGUAAUGAAUGUGGGAAAAGCUUCACUGAAUCAGGACAACUAAAAACACACCAACGAAUUCACACUGGAGAGAAGCCGUAUCACUGUACUGAAUGUGGGGAGAGCUUCACUGAAUCAGGAACCCUAAAAGCACACCAGCGAAUUCACACUGGAGAGAAGCCAUAUCGCUGUACCGAAUGUGGGAAGAGCUUCAGACAGUCAAGCACCCUAAAACGACACCUGCAAAUUCACACUGAAGCCAGCCUCCCUCCCUCCCAGUCCCUCACCUCUCCACCCUACAUGUUUGAGUGUGUGGAGAGCUGACUAAUUCAUUCUCUCUCUCUCUCAUCCUGCAGUAAAUGAAGGGGGUCCCCAGGAGUGAGAGCCAGCCUGAAUCCAGAGACACAGAGAAGGGGAUUGUGUCAAACUGAAGAGACAGAUCCAUUCUUUCAGAGUGAACUGGAGAGCCCUGGGAUUCAGCUCCACUCCUGCCCCUGAAUUGGAAAUGAAUCUCACUCAUCAUGCUGUGAGGAUUUAUGACAGUUUCAGGGUCAUUCUACUUAGAAGGGAGACAUUGGAAAUAUAUGCCAAGCUUUUUCUCUGAACACUAUAUAUGUUUGAUGCAACACAUUAAGCUGCCAGUAUCAUAUAUAAAGCUCUAUAUAUCAUUAAUUUUUUUUGUAUCUUGACUUUUCGUAGUUUUUUUGUGACUUUGUAGACCUAGCCGUGAUGUAUUAAAGUAAUUUUCAUUCCUGGAACUUCGUUUCAUCCUUUCUGUGGUAGUUUAAUUAUGAAUGUUUGUUUCAAACUACGUUUGCAUACAAAUGCUUACCCUUCAUGUAUUAUCAUUUUCUUUCCUGGUUUAAGACUUCGGAUUGUGCCUGUUAUUUUACGCAUGCCUCCCACUGGUGUAGAUUCAACUCGUUGUUCAUAUGUAUGUGAAACUUCCUGUUUAAGAGCUUCAGGGCUUUGAGUUACUUUUAAAAUAAAGCACCUUAAAAUAUAAAAGAAAGCAAAAAAUGUGUUAAUAGUAUGUUAAAUAACAAUGGCAAUAAAAAUAUUUGGUUUUCCUUUUAGAUCUUAAGGUGAUUUAUGAAUGAAGAGAAGCAUGUAAACAGAUCAUUGCAGAGUUCUUUAAUUAAACACAAACGGAAAUCUUUUCUUCUCAGUAAUUAAUGUAGUGCACAGACAACUGAAAUAUGCUAAAAGUAUUUACUUGCGUAGCCUACUGUAUACACUGUACUUUCCUUUUACACAACCAAAAUUAUUAUUAUUAUUAUUAUUAUUUAUUAGCAGACACCCUUAUCCAGGGCGACUUACAAUCGUAAGCAAAUACAUUUCAAGUGUUACAAUACAAGUAAUACAAUAAGAGCAAGAAAUACAAGUACUUUGCUUGAACAAAAGUACA